GUCGGAACGAUUCAGGGACGCAGCGAUCGCAUAGCUCAGUCUGCAGAACAUUUCCGAAUCCCACCCUCCGUGUAGCGGUGAAGAAUACUUGCAGAGCCUCCGUGUGCCAUGGCUGCGAUCUUAGCUCGGAAAUCCCUUCUCGCUCUUCGUGCUCGACACCUUGCCGUGUCUGGACAAGCACUGCAAGGUUCUCCUUUUCAUGGUCUUCGGUCAAGUGCACACUUGUUCAGCACCAAAAAAGACGAUGAAGAAAGAGAGCAGCUUGCCAAGGAGAUCUCGAAGGAUUGGAGUUCUAUUUUUGAGCGUAGCAUAAACACACUAUUUCUCACUGAAAUGGUUCGUGGUUUGAUGUUGACUCUUAAAUACUUCUUUGAGAAAAAAGUUACUAUCAAUUACCCAUUCGAGAAAGGCCCACUAAGCCCUCGUUUUCGAGGUGAGCAUGCCCUCCGACGAUAUGCAACUGGAGAAGAACGAUGCAUUGCAUGCAAACUUUGUGAAGCUAUUUGUCCAGCCCAAGCGAUCACAAUUGAAGCUGAGGAACGGGAAGAUGGUAGUCGUAGGACCACAAGGUAUGACAUUGACAUGACCAAAUGCAUCUACUGUGGAUUUUGUCAAGAAGCAUGCCCUGUUGACGCCAUUGUUGAAGGUCCCAACUUCGAGUUUGCAACGGAGACUCACGAGGAGCUCCUCUAUGACAAAGAAAAGUUGCUUGAGAACGGAGACCGGUGGGAGACCGAAAUUGCAGAAAAUCUCAGAUCUGAAAGCCUCUAUCGCUGAUAUGUUAUCAAUGGUGCACUCUGCAUUUGACUUUUCUUAGUGCGUUUAUAAUAACAUAAACCCGUGCAUGCUGUUGAAAUCGUGAGUUGAGAACAUAAUUCUUGCUGCUUCUGCUCUUAGGCCCAAGUUUGGGAUUUUUCAAAGUCACUUUUCUUUUUCUUCCCAAUAAAAAUGGGAAUGUUAUGGUUUCUCAUCAAACAGUUGUAAUGUAGUUAAAAUAUGAACAAUUAUCCUCAACAUUUCUUGAAUGUUCUUCAUGACU